UAUUCCACUACUGAAAUUCAGUUCAUGCGAGAUCACUGUCGGAGCAGGAGGUAGUACAAGCAAGCAAGGAGGAGAGAAAGACACAGACAGGCUACUGCCGCUCUCCCACUGCUGAGCGAAGCGCAUACGAAGACGCCCAGCGUCUCUGCUUGCUGUCCCUGGCUACACCACCGUAUGAUACCUGUGCGGCGCCUCUGAGACAGAGGAGGAAUCGAUGGGAAAGGUGGUGGAUUAGUGUGUGGUACAAAAAAUACACUUUUGAUGUGACGCUGAAAAGAAAACAGAGAAAGAGAGAGAGAAAAAAAACAAUUGGGACGAGAAACAGAGAUUCCGUUUUCUUCUAAUCGGCAUCACACCUGUGAAUAACAAACUUGAACGGACAUAGAUGAUGAUGAUGAUGAUGGUGGUGGUGGUGGUGGCGGUGCUGCACCUCCGUCCCUUUGUCAGCUGGAGGUCCGGGCUGGUGUUGCUGCUGCUCGCCCUCUGCACCUGCAGCGAUGCCCAGCAUGUUGCAGCGGUAACCAAUCCCCUCCCUGCGGCCUUCUCGGACCUGCUGCCCCACUUCCUGUUGGAGCCGGAGGAUGUUUAUAUCGUCAAGAACAAGCCAGUGACCCUGACAUGCCGCUCCACUCCCGCCACGCAGAUCUACUUCAAGUGUAAUGGGGAGUGGGUUCACCAGGACAACCACAUGAUCGAGCGCUCCUUGGACCCCCCUACAGGUCUGCCGGUCAUGCAGGUGAAGAUCGACAUUUCCAGACAGCAGGUGGAGAAGGUCUUCGGGCUCGACGACUUCUGGUGUCAGUGUGUGGCCUGGAGCACCUCGGGGACCCAGAAGAGCCAGAAGGCCUACGUCCGCAUAGCAUACCUGAGGAAGAAUUUUGAGCAGGAGCCGCUUGGUAAGGAAGUGUCUCUGGACCAGGAGAUCCUGCUGCACUGCCACCCUCCAGAGGGAGUACCCCCUGCCGAGGUGGAAUGGUUGAGGAACAAUGACUUGAUCGAUCCAGUUGGCGACCCCAAUUAUUACAUCACCAUUGACCACAACCUCAUCAUCAAGCAGGCGCGGCUAGCGGACACGGGCAACUACACCUGCGUGGCCAGUAACAUCGUGGCCAGACGCAAGAGUUCCUCAGCCACCGUCAUUGUCUAUGUCAAUGGCGGCUGGUCCACGUGGACGGGGUGGUCAGCCUGCAGCACCACCUGUGGCCGGGGUUGGCAGAAGAGGAGCCGGAGCUGCACCAACCCCACCCCAUUGAACGGAGGGGCCUUCUGCGAGGGGCAGAAUGUCCAGAAAAGUGCCUGCACCUCCACAUGCCCAGUAGACGGAGGCUGGAGUGCCUGGAGCGCAUGGUCAGCGUGCGGAGUGGACUGUAACACGUGGCGCAGCAGGGAGUGCACCCAGCCAGUGCCGGGGAAUGGGGGCAGAGAAUGCCAGGGACUUGAUCUCCAGUCCAGGAACUGCACCAACGAGCUGUGCCCCCAGACUGCUUCUGGCCCCGAGGACGUGGCUCUGUACGUGGGGAUCAUCUCUGUGGCGCUGUGCCUCACCCUGCUGCUCAUCGUGGUCAUCCUGGUGUACCGUCGCAAGAAGGAGGGCCUGGACGCUGACGUGGCGGACUCCUCCAUCCUCACCACCGGCUUCCAGCCCGUUGGUGUCAAGCCCGCCAAACCAGAGAACUCCCAUUUGCUUACCAUCCAGCCCGACCUCACUACCACCACCAGCAGCUACCAGGGCAGCCUGCGUCCUCGGCACAAUGCCACCGGCAAGUUCCCAACAACCAAUGGGCCUCUGCUAGACCCGCUGCCGGAUGGGCGGCACACCCUGCACAAUGGCAAGCUGACACCGGACCCCGCCGACUUCAUGACCAGGCUCUCCACGCAGAGCUACUUCAAAACCAUACCCAGAGACAUGGCCAACACCUCAUACGGCACCUUCAACUUCCUGGGAGGGAGGCUGACCAUUCCCAGCACAGGAAUCAGCCUCCUCGUUCCUCCAGAGGCCAUUCCCAGAGGGAAGAUCUACGAGGUCUACCUCACUGUCCACAAGAAGGAAGACAUCAGGUUAUCUCUAGCUGGCUGCCAGACCCUCCUGUCCCCCAUCGUGAGCUGUGGGCCUCCUGGGGUAGUGCUGACCAAGCCUGUUAUCCUCAGUAUGGACCAUUGCGCAGAGGCCAGCCCUGACAGCUGGGUCAUGAAGCUGAAGAAGCAGUCUUAUGAGGGCACCUGGGAGGAUGUUCUGCAGGUGGGGGAGGAGCUGCCCUCUGACCCCUACUACUGCCAGCUGGAGGCAGAGUCGUGCCGCAUCUUCACGGAGCAGCUGGGCCGCUUCACGCUGGUGGGGGAGUCGCUCAGCAUGGCGGCUGCCAAGCGGCUGAAGCUGCUCCUGUUUGCUCCCGUGUGCUGCACCACGCUGGAGUACAGCAUCAGAGUCUACUGCAUGGACGACACACAGGACGUGCUCAAGGAGGUGAUGCAAGUGGAGAGGCAGUUGGGCGGACGCCUCAUUGACGAACCUCAGGUCCUUCUCUUUAAAGACAGCUACCACAAUCUGCGGCUCUCCAUUCAUGACAUGCCCCUCGCACACUGGAGAAGCAAGCUCCUCGCGGGAUACCAGGAAAUCCCAUUUUAUCACAUCUGGAGCGGCUCUCAGCGGAGUCUGCACUGCACCUUCACGCUGGAGCGGAUCAGCCUGAGCACGUGCGAGCUGGCCUGCAGGCUCUGUGUGUGGCAGGUGGAGGGGGAGGGGCAGAGCUUCAGCAUCAACUUCAACAUCGCCAAGGACAGCAGGCCCCUGGACUCAGAGUUCCUAUGCUCAGACAGCAGUGCCCCAGCGCUCGCCGGCCCCAGCGCCUUCCAGAUCCCCUACCUGAUCCGACAGAAGAUCUGCAGCAGCCUGGAUGCCCCCUGCCCGCGCGGCGUUGAUUGGAGGCUGCUGGCACAGCGACUGCAGCUUGACAGGCACCUAAACUUCUUUGCGUCGAAAGCCAGCCCCACGUCGGCGAUCCUGGAUCUGUGGGAGUCCCAGCACUUCCACAGAGGCAACCUGAACCAGUUGGCAGGUGUGAUGGCAGAGAUCGGCAAGCAGGAGGCCAUGAUCUUCCUGGUGACGGACGGGGAGUGCUAGUGCCUGUGGAGUGAGGGAGAGGGCAGCGAGUGAGUGCGUGAGUGCUAGUGAAGGAGAGGGCAGCGAGUGAGUGCGUGUGUGAGUGCUAGUGAAGGAGAGGGAAGCGAGUGCGUGUGUGACUGCUAGUGAGGGAGGGGGCUGUGAGUGCUUGUGUGUGUGCAUGUGAACAGUGUAGGGUUUCACCUGGUCAGUCCUAGAACAGGUUUCCUCCUGUGUCUGGGCAGGACAGAUGGACGGCCAAAGUUGGUCAGUACUGGUAUCACUUGCCAUGAACAAAAACAUUGAAUCGAGGGAACUCCUUCGCGUUGCCACAUUUACAAAAUGAAUAUUUCAAUCUGUGACUGUGUGACUCUACUUGUGGACUGCUGAUCAACUACAGCAUAUGUAUUUUAUAAUGUGUAAUUUUUUUAAUAAUUUAUUAUUUGGUACUUUUUUGGAGCUACUUUUUGAAAAAGCUUUAAUAUAAGCAGCUCAAAUCAGAUUGUUCCGCCCCCAGACCUGUACCUGCAAAAUUGUCGAUUUUAAUCAAUCAAGGGGGUCUCUACCAGCCAGGAGAGCUGGAGAGUGAGGUGAGCCUUCACUCACAAGAUCCUGAACAGCACCACCUUAUGUCAAGUCAGUGGAACAGUGUUAGUGUACAUUCUUGGUGACCUUUUAUUAUGUUGCCUCCAUGGAUCUGUCCUGGAGAAUUGUAAACCGGUGCUGCUUCUCAGGGUCUGUCGUGGGUGCUCCAGAGAUCCCCAAGCGGUGUGGUUAAUUUAAUCAAGAGGACAUUGUAUUUAGUUAUGGAUUCAUAAUUCCAACUGUAUUUAACAUAGGAUAUCCUAGUAGACUGUUAUCGCCCAUCACAUUUUCCAAUGGAGUCUAUGCAGCUGCAUGGCAGACAUUGGGAAAACAGAAACAGGAAAUGGGUCGGCCAAACCAUUCUAACAAUGUGUUUUGUCUCCAUUUAACUGGGAGGGGUUCAGUUAUGAAGCUGAGGCCGUAUGUGAUUUGAUCUGGCUGCGAGCCCCGGACAGCAGGCACCGUCAUCUUUAUACAUUCACUAAUGGGACUGGAGCAAAACUUUUACAUUUCUCCUGUGCGUUCAGUUGGUGGUUUUAAAAGGGCAUCUCACUAGGUAGGCUUAACCAGAUUGUUUUCAAGUGGAUACAGCACUGAGGAAUCUAUUUUUUGUGAUUUGGCCAUGCUUAGCUGGAUUGGGUCAGGUUUAGGGUUAAGGCUAGGAUUAACCAUAACCCUAACCCUGUUCCAUGGCGCUGUUCAAACUGACUUCCACGUGUAGGAGCACACGUCCCAAACACACUGCUUUUAAGUUCUGUUUUAUUCAAAUGAUAUUUACUGUGUGUGUGUACCAUGCAGCUGGAAUGUGGUUGAAUGUCACCAUAGAACUGGGUCACAAAGCAGUGCUGUAUUUUAUUAUUUUAAUCCACCCCUCGUGGAUCAUUUGUGUGGAGACAAAAAAACAUUCCUUUCCUUUCCAGUAAACAACAAAAAAAAUGAUUUUGUUUCUCUUAGUCUGUACCGAUACAGACGAUAUCGAGGCGUGUCCAUCUUUGAACGGUUUCUCUUCAGUAAAGAGCUGCUUGGCAGCUUGUUUUUUUUCUUUUCUUUUGUACAAUAUUACACAGCAUAGCGCAGACGAGAUGCUUGUCAAGGACCGCUGUGGUGAUCUGAGGCACAGGCAGUUCCAGUGAUUGCUGGGGUGAGGAGGAGAAAGUCUGUUUCCCUUUAAUAAACAGCAAAACAAAUCCAGUAGGAGUGGCAUGCCUUAACUCUUAAAUGCAAAGAAAUCGCAGUUUUGCCACCAGAACGACACUGGCAUAAAACCCAGAUCUCUAUUUUAAGGAGGAUAUUAUAAAGAGAUCACAUGCCCCCAGUCGCACAGUUAGUCAGAAGAACAGUAAUCAUGCAGCUAGGAUACCUUGAUGAUGUGUUACUGCAGGAGGAGAAAGGCAGAGGUUGGUAGGACAGACUGACUUUCUUCACGGCAGAUUUUGAAGAAAUGAAGGCCUCCUGGUCCAAAGAUACAUGUUUCAACCAUUAAUUCAGUUUGGCUUUAUAUUACCUCCCAGGUGUACAUACACAGGGAGGCUGUAUUUACAAUACAAACACGCAGGGCCUGGCCAAAAUGAGCAGCCAAAGUGUUUAGCUGACGCCUGUGCUAACAGAUGCACAACCUGCUGCUUCUGGUUAGGUAGUUACAAAGGAUGUUUAAUGUAUGCUUUUAUGAUUGCAAAUUAAAACAUAACAUUUUUUUAUUUUUGGUUUUUAGUCUCACAAAACACACAGAUGUCCUGCUGAAUAUAUGAAAUAUUUACUUUUUAAUCUGUUGUUUUUUUUAAACUCAGAAUCAUCUCUAGUUCCAUUUUUACUGACGCUGCAGCUGUCAGAACUACAAACUGUUUUAUCCUGGAUAUAAAACCCAUUGCAAACACAGGGUGGGGCAUCCAUAGCCAGUUCAUUUCUUUCUAUUCUGACAUUGCUGUACCUUUUUAACUUCAUUUGUAAUAGUGCAGUCAGACAGUUAGGAAAACAGAUUGCCCCCAUAAAACAAAUGAUUUGUUUUUUCACAGAAAGCGUUCGUGUUUGAGUUGAGCAAUGAGAAGGCAAGCCAUCGCUAAUGAAUGUUUACAGACCAGGCGGCUGAUGACAGCAUUUACUCUCCCUGCAUACAAACACAGAGCUGAUGAAACAAAGAGUGCAAAGUGUGUCACCCAGCCUCCGUGUGCUGUGAUUCAUUCUGCUCUUCAGUCUGGCAUGGGGCACUUGCAGAGACAGUAGCUUCAAAUGCAAUCUUAUGUAUUUAUUGUUUCUGUUAUAGUUGCAGUCAUUCUGUGUGGUUCUUAUUGCAGAUAUUACAUUUGAUGGCUUUUUGUUGUUUUGUUUUAUGAUCUUGUAGGGCUGCUCUUCAGUUUCGGUUGCUAGACCAGCACAUAUUAGUAAGUGCCUACACUCUCCAACACAUAGCCGUGUAUUUACACAAUUAACAUGUUAUGUGUACAGCCCAGACCAUGUAGCCAAUAUCACACACAGACUAUUUUCUAAUAGAAUUAUUACCAUUACUGGGUGCUACCUCCCGGAUCAGUUUCCCAAACAUCCCAAAAAAUAGAUCUUCUACUCCAUCAUCAUCAUCGUCAAUAUAAUCGUAGAUCAAAUUUCCAUUCUUUAUUAAAAAUGACCGGUUACUUGUAUUCAAAUUAGAUCUUUGCUAGAUUACUUCUAUAAAGACAUUUGGUCUACUCUACUGUAUGUAAAACGUGUCUAUGGUAGACAAACAGAAAAGAGCAGCUCCUAAAUUCAGAUGAAAGAUUAUUUUUAUAUAUAUAUAUAUAUAUAUAUAUAUACACACACACACACACACACACACACACAGUCACUGCAGUAAGACCCAUUCAGAAUGAUUGUGAAAAUGUAGUUAAAAACAAUUAAAUAUAAUAAUGUAAUUUGAAGCUAUUUUGGGGGGCUUCUACUCAACCUUGCGUUACGGUAAACUGGCCUGAGUUUGAAACUAGUGUGAAAACCACAAUCAUUAUAAACAUCUUGUUUGCAGAUAGGAGCAAUUCAAUGUCUGAAAUGGAAGCGGGCAGACUUUGCCCUCGCUUUAGAAACCAGCCCCCUUUCUGUCAUUGUUUUUAUCUGCCACGCUGUACGGAGACAGCCGAGCAAAACUAAGAAUACACAGAAUAAACAACAUCUAUCUUCUGUUAGAAAGAGCGUUUCAGUUCUAUCAGUGACAUCAUUCUCAAACCCUCUCGUCUGCUCAGUGUACAGAGUGUGAAAAAGCUGCACCGUGUUUGAGUAGUGUUAUACUUUUUUUUUUU